AGAGAGAGAGAGAGAGAGAGAGAGAGAGAGAGAGAGAGAGAGAGAGAGAGAGAGAGAGAGAGAGAGAGAUGGAUCUCAGCGAGUUUUUGAAGGUGCUUAGCAUGGUCCGAGGUCGGUCGUUCUUGAUGCGGAUAGAGGAGGAUCUGAUCAAAUUCGUGGAGACGAAGAGCCGUAAUCGAUCUGGCGAUGGCGGUCCAGAGGGGAGCUCUGGCUAUGGCUGUCGUGAUGAGGGAGGGCGUGAAAAGCAGGCUAACGAGUGCAAGCUUGGCAGGAAUGACGACUAUGUUGUUGAUAGCAGCUUGAGCGGACCGUCGAAGGAAUCGAUGGAUGGCGCAAAGAUGGCGGGGGAGAGCGGAGGAAAGGGGAACCUCGAGCGCGCGGCUGCGCCCCCCCCCCCGCCGCCACCGCCACCGCCACCGCCACCGGCGGAGGAAAGCGCAAGCGCUGGGAAGAAGCGGGGAAUCAAGAGCGUCCAUUGCCGAAUGACAGACUCUGUAGUGAUACCUUUGCUGCGAUGCUAUGACUUCAUCCCAUCUGCUGUGGAUCAUGCUGAUGAUGUCGGCGCUAAUUGGCUGCUGCACAAUGACCACUCCCAAUCGGCCACAACUGGAGUUGAGGAUGAGCGGCAAGAGGUCUCCGGCAGUGGCAGCGUUCAGAAAACGCCGGGUCACAGAAGAGGUGCCGUAGCAUCCAUUACAGGUGGAGGGACAUGGGCACGGGCUUUGGCAGGAAUCAAGCCACGUGGCACUGCGCCCAAUCUGGGAACAAUUGUACCAAAGCUGCAGGCGGAAGGUUCUGGGAACAUUUGCGCAUCCCUGGCAUAUCAUGAGGAGAGAAAGGGCAUCGCUGAGGUAACACGGCAAGCAGACGAAACCUGCAGCAGCACCGUCUCCCAAGGAAUGUUCACUCCAGAGGGAAGGAGACGGAGGGGUAGGGGUGAAUUCUUGUAUCAUAAUGAUAGAAAAGAGCAUGAUUGGAUGGACAGCGACACACGCGAAGCGAGCAGUGGGGCAUCGAUGGAGGGAGUGCAUUCCUCAGGGAAGCGAAGGAAGAGACGAGAAGUCGGCGAAGAACCAAGCUGGUCUGUGGAUGACCCAUCGGGAAGAGGGGACUCCAAACGCAACGGGAGAAGCGAGGGAGGGGAUUCAGAGGGCAGGAAGAGGAGAGGGAGGGGUGCAUUUCUAUUCGAAGAAACAACAGCAGGCGAAGUCGUCGAGAAUGUCGCCCCCUCGCGAGGCCGCAUCGAAGAUAGAUGGGGGGAUGUCGAAGCCGUCUCUGGUAACGGAGAGAGACGGUCUUCGAUUGACGGACGCGAUGAUGGCCGACGAAGCAGAAAUGAAGACGAGCCAGUUGUCGUGCGACGUAAGGGGCGGGGCGCAUUCACUUACGUAUUUGACAAGAGCGAAAAUGACAGCUCUCUGAGACGAGAGUCGGCGGAGAGAAGUGAUCACGUUCCAAAAAAUGAAGACGGCGGCGGGCCAACGACAUUGCAAGUAGUCAGCUCUUUUUCUGAUGACACCCCCAGAGAGGGAAAGCGGGGGGGGGGAGCAGAGCAAAGCACAGAUUUAGGUAUUUGGCAGUCGAGGGACAAGUGGAGAAAAGGCGUCACGGAUGACAGAGCUGGAGCGGAUUGCAAACCAGGGAUGGAAGGUACGGCGGGGGGCACGGAGGACGGCGGCGGAAAUCGGAGCAUCAGAAGACGUGGUCGUGGCAUGUUCCGUUACGGUGAUGUUACCCUUGCCAGCGAGGAGCCGGAAACAAGACUAGCUGACCAGACUGCGGCGGAUGACAACCGUCACGUACGUCAGAGCGGUGGAGAAGCGCUUCCAGAGAUGAGAAGUAAGAAGGAAGCAGAGCAGCGUGGUGCCACAGGUGCUGGAACUAUGGGUGGGCGGAUUGUUGAGGGAAGAGAUGGCCGUGGCCUGACGGAAGGAAACCGGGCCUUGCCACAUAUGGACAAGGACGAUGAGGCCGUGGUUGUGCGUGGUGAGGGAGACGAGGAAGAAAGAGAAGAAGGAGAGCUGAUCGAAGAAGCGGAAGAGAAAGAAAAGGAGGACGUCUUGGGAGAAGGGAGGGCAAAGCGGGGUGGAGGUAGUAAUGCAACAACAGAUGCUCAGGGUGAGAAAAAGCGGAGAGCGAAGAGCGAAUGGGUGGAAGACGAUGAAGAAGAAGUUGAGUUGUUCCAUAACUACGACGACCAUGACGCCGAUUUGUCGAGGAUUACAGACCCGUCUGAAGAGAAGUGCAAGGUUGUUGGAGGCAAUUUGAGUCCUAGACGAGUGUGCAAGGCCCUACCCGAAUGCACCCGUGUUUACGCUGUUGGACCCACGCAAGCAGUUGCAGUUAUGGAAUCGGUCAGACGCGCGGAGCAAUUGGUAGAUAUGAAGGAGAAAGGCAGGUGGGAACCUUUGACAACAGAUACCCUUACCAAGGAGGAGGAGGAGGAGGAGAUCAGCAGAGGAGGAGUGGGUGGUGACGAAAGAGGAGCGGAGAAGAACGGGGUGGCGACGAUUUUCAGCAAGAAUGGCACUGGAGAUUCUCCAUCGCUGCACGAAGAAGGCAUCACCGCGCUGCAUCCGUUUGAGGAGGCAAGUGAUGAGAUCUGGCGUGCUUGUGGAUGGCCGCGGAGGGGUUCGCGACGAAUGCGUGUGGCCACGCAAGUCCUUCGAGGUGUUUUAAGGACAUAAGGGUGCAGUUAUUCUGUCACCACAACUCACCAGGGUAAAGUUUGUAAACUCAGGGGCUCCUUUUUUUUUCGACCCCCCCCCCCCUUCAGUGAAGGGCCCUUCGCCGCCACUAUCAUCCCCAACUUCAGGGGCAUAUGGCUAACGCGUCUAGUCAACAUAUUGGCAUAUUGCCAGUGGAAUGCAUCUGGUCAACAUAUUGGCAUAUUGCCAGUGGAACGCAUCUAGUCAACAUAUUGGCAUAUUGACAGUGGAAUGCAUCUGGUCAACAUAUUGGCAUAUUGCCACUCGAAUGCAUCUAGGCAACAUAUUGGCAUAUUGACAGUGGGAUUUUGUGGAAGCCUGAAAGGAUCAUUCAGGGGGUCUUUUUAUAAAAAACAAAUUGGACCCCCCACA